GUGCCGGGAGCGGGGCGGGUGCCAGGUGCCGCUGCCCGGGGCGGGGGGCCCCGGCGCCAGGUGCGGACGGGCGGGCUCGGGCAGGCACCUGGGCGGCUGCGCUGCCUCCUCCCCCUCGCGCUGGUUUCGACUUUCUUCCUCCGCCCGGAAACUUGCCGGAGGAGCCGCCGAGCCGACCCCCAGCCCAGGAAUCCUGUAAGAUCACCGGUUCCGCUCUUUAAAUUGGCAGACUUGUUUCUCCUGCCUCACCGCUGCUUUAUGCUGGACAUCAUGGCUGACCCUACAGCAGAAGAACAGGUCUCCAAAAUGAGUGAACUUUGUCCUGAAUGUGGCCAGUUUCACCUGUUAUCAGAAAAUCAUCUUUAUAAUUUCCAGGAUGAAGUGGAUGAUGAAUUGAUUUGCCAUAUCUGCCUUCAGCCUUUGCUUCACCCUAUGGAUACCCCGUGUGGACACACGUACUGUUUCAGGUGCCUUGAGAACUUCAUGCAGGAGCGUAAUUUUUGCCCCAUGGAUCGCAAAAAACUGUGCUUCCAGCAUUGUCGAAAGUCCAGCCUUCUAGUAAGGAACCUGUUGGAUAAGCUGAUUGUCCUCUGUCCUUUCCACACGCUAUGCCAGGAGACCAUGCAGAGGUGUCAGCUAGAAGCUCAUCUACAGAACAGGUGUCUUGGCUUCAAGAAAUACAGAUCUGAACUAGAAAGAAGAAAGAAUCCCCACUCCAAAGGGAAGGAAGAGCCUGUUAUCAGUGUGGACACAAGUGCUGCCAAAGAGCCAGAUCUCUCAAAUGGAGGGUCAUCAUUGGUGGCAGAAAGCUCUAUGGCAGCUGUUGUAUCUCUAGGGACAGCGGAGCCUGGACUGGUUAAUCCAGCAUUUGAGGAGGGUGAAGAAGACCUGCCUCAGAGAGCUAGCCUUGUGGCCGAAACCAGCACCAUUGAAAUUCAACGAGAAGACCCAGAGGAAGAACUUGGAAUGAGGAUAGUUGGGGGUAAAGAUACCCCUCUGGGGAACAUUGUGGUUCAGGAAAUCCUUCGGGAUUCUGUUGUUGCUACGGAUGGACGAAUAGCACCUGGAGACCACAUUCUCGAGGUGAACGGCAUCAACAUCAGCAAUGUGACUCACUGCCAAGCGGUCUCUUUGCUGCGCCAUCCAGGUUCAGUUCUCCACUUGGUGAUCCUACAGGAGAAGGGGUUUUCCCCCAGGACUGUCCAGCAGGACUCCAGCCCUGCUGUAAACCGGGAAGUGAUUCAUGUUACCCUGAUGAAGAGAGACCGAUCAGAGCCCCUGGGAAUCAAACUGAUUAGGAAGACAGAUGAGCCGGGGAUUUUUAUUCUAGAUUUGCUGGAUGGAGGCUUGGCAGCCAAAAACGGGAAGCUGAGUCGGAACGACAGAGUCCUUUCUAUAAACGGCCAGGACCUGAGGCAAGGAACACCCGAGACUGCUGCACAGAUAAUCCAGGCCAGUGAGACAAGAGUGAACUUUGUGGUCCUCCGGCAAUCUGGCACACAGCUGGUAGAUACUGUUGAUGAUGGCAGCACACCCAGCAGCAGCAGCAGCAGCAAUGGAGAGAGCCCAGUGCACCAUCGGAGGAGGCCUGAGCAAACUUACUACCGCCGCAAACCUAGCUACCAGAAGGAGCUACCUCAGGGAUAUGCUAGCCAGGAAAAGACUGUUACCCUAAAAAAGGAACCAAAGGAAUCUUUGGGAAUAACUAUUGGAGGUGGAAGGGAUAAUAAGAACAAACUGCCUGUUUAUGUGACAAGUGUGCAGCCCAUUGGAUGCCUCUUCAGAGAUGGCAGGAUCAAGAGAGGAGAUGUGCUCUUGAGUAUAAAUGGCAUUGAUUUGACUCAUAUGAACUACUAUGAAGCUGUGCCAGCACUUAAAUCCAGUGCUGCUUCCCAUGUACUGGUACUGAAAGCCCUGGAGAUCCUUGUACCAGAACCCACAGACUCAUCCUCUGAGAUAAGGGAACAAGGAUUCAGCUGGUCUCCCCUUUGGACCAUGUGGCUUGGACUACCUAGUAACCUCCACUGUUGUCAAGAUAUUAUCCUGCGUAAGAGUAAUUCAGAAAGCUGGGGAUUCAGCAUUGUUGGAGGCUUUGAAGAAAGCAAAGGAAGCCAGCCGUUCUUCAUUAAAACCAUUGUGCCUGGAACGCCUGCUUUCCGAGACAGGAGACUGAAGUGUGGAGAUGAAAUUGUGGCAGUAAAUGCAGUACCUGCCAUAGGAAUGAGCAAUUCAGAGCUGAUCCCCAUGCUGAAAGAACAAAGGAACAAAGUCAUUCUUACUGUGGUGUCCUGGCCUGGAAGUCUUGUGUAAACACCAAAACAAAAAUGUGUAUUCACGAAAUCUGUGAGCCCCUCUGAUGCUAGUUUGCUUGAUCUGACAGCCCAUCAUGUGACACUUACUAAGGAAACCACGAACUCCUGGCACGGUGUGCACUAGACUUUCACUUCCUCUUUGAAGAAAACAUUUCCAUACCGUUCAGAAAGUUAAUGCAACUUGUGGAUGCAUCUGAUUUUUUUUAAGGUACAAUAUGCUAGCAGCUUGGAGCUGUAUCUUCACUAGCUUCUUGUACUGAUUAGAACUCAUCAUAAUUGUAGGGACAGUUAUUUUUCCCACGAUCCAAGAGGAAUUGUCCAUCUGCGUCUUGAGCUAUAGUUGUCAACUUUUUUCAGGUGAUGUUUUAAUUCCUGGUCAAACUAGUGUCCAUAAGAAAAAUCAAGUAACCUAGCAAGCUAACAUUUGCUGGCUGGCUGGCAUUCUUGGACACUUUAUUCAAGUCAUUGUCUUUGUUUUUAAAAGUUGCUAAUAAAAAUAAGGACAUGGACCAAUGAAAUGGUUCAUAGCUAAUGGUGUUCACAUUUCUAGCACAUGAGUUAGUAAGAUAUAACCCUUCUGGUGCUAGGUAAAUUGAAUUACUGAGCCACCCUAACAUACUGCAUUGACUUGUGUGAAAAUCCCCAUCCUAGUGUCAGCUGAAGGGAUUCAAAUUCAAGAACUCCUGCAACUUCUCUCUCCUUGAUAGUGACUAAUGAACCCACCAGGAUUGGUCAUGUAGAUACACGGCUGUCUACAUUAAAUGGACCAGUUUGCUCCCAAGAAACAUCUGCCCUGAGGAGGUAAUUGUGUUCCUUGACCUUAGUUUCCCAGUAGGCUGAAGGAGAUGGUUAGCUGCCUCUCCUAUUCAACUCAUUUUCCCUGAGUCAAGUAGAGCAUGCUCACACUUUGUACCAGCAUCUCCAGCUACACUUUUACCCAGUGAAUGCUGAAAAACCUACUUCCAAAAUGACAGAGGAGCUGGUUUGGGCAGAUUGAUGCACUAUAAAGCAGAAUUAUAAAACACAAGGUAGAAAGCCAAGGCUUUAUUCUGGCUAUGACACGUUAAUAAUAGACUAUUUGAAACAUUCAGGAUAUAUAGGAAUUUCUCAUUUUUCUAUGGAAGCUUAAUCAUUAGUAAAAAUGACUGAGGGUCUCUUACAUCAGGCUCAAUUUAAAACAAGACAUGUUAUGAUUUCUCUAGCUGUCAGGAGUGGCUUGGGCUAUAGCAGAAAGCAGAACAACUCAAUUUCCUUGUCCAGUUCUUUAAGUGCAGCGGACUAGAGGGGUCCAUUCUGUAAAAUAAGAGCAGUGCGGGAUGAACUUUUCAGUUUGCUAUUAGCAAGGAACAGAACUCUGUUCUGCUGUAAAUUGUGAAUGGUUUACACACAAUGUGACUUUGCUGUCUUAUGGCUGUUAGCUACAAGCUGUAUGUAAGGACUCUUAUCAAAGCCUUUUCAAAACAAAUAGUUUAGGUUCUAGUGCUCAUGAAACAUUGUUUAGCUCAGCAGUUCUCAGCCUCUUUAGACUUAAGGUUCCCCUCCAUUACUUUUGCAAAUUGAGCAGCACCCCGUUUCAAAAACUAAAUUAUAGCACUUACCUCCUUGCAGAGGGGCUGGGCCAGUGGAGGCAGGGGAAUGGCUAGGCAAAGAGAGCCGGAGCCUGCCAUUGUCUGCUUAUCUCUUCACGCUUUCUGUAGCACCUUUCAAAGGAUCUCAUAGCACACCCUAGGUGCCUUGGCACCCUGGUUGAGAAUCACUGGUUUAGCCAAUAUCCAUUCCUAUGGAUUUGGACUACAGGAGUUUUCUUAGACUAGCUGGACCUUUAGACACUGAUUCCUGACAUUCUUCAGCAAUUGCAAGAUUAAAAUAAUUCAGAAGUCAGCCAGGUGUUUGUGGUAAAACAAAUCAAUCAGCCUCCCUCUGAAGUGAAGAAAACGCAGAACUUAAUUUUUGUCUCUUCCGUACAAAAGUUACUUAAAGCAAGUUCUGCAGGGAGCACUAGAUAGUCCAAAUAUCUAUUGGCUGGGUACUUAAAAGGUGGGCAUUUAUUGCUGAAAAUAAUCUCCUGUUGUUGCAACAUUUUUUUGCCUUGUAAGCAGCAAUGCAGAGGGCAGUUGGAUGUAUUUUUAAAUGAAGGGGAUGCUGUAAAAAGGCAGCAUGGUUUUACUAUUGCUCCAUCUCGUUUCAAGGUGCCUUUAGCAUCACCAAAAAAUCUAAGCAACUACAUAUUGUUUGCAUCACAAGGAUUUGCUGAAUCUUGUUUAAGUGUUGAAUUGUUUGGAUGCCUUUAUAAAUUAUUUUAAUAUGACUAGCAGA